AUGGAGGCGCGUGCGACACCACUCGAUACUGACGUCCCGGGCGGCUUCCCUGAGACUCCGGCCUCCAAUGGGGCUCCUACGCCACAAAGCCUACAGAAUCGCAACUCUGCCAGCAGGGUUGUCAACUACAGCGCUGGAUCCUACAUACCCACCUCGAACCAAAGUGCUGGGAAAACCUCGAAUGAUGGUCUUGCUGGAAAUGCUUCCUACUUCGGUUCUAUGAACGGCGGUCGAGACGCCCGUGCCGAGCCCUCACCCACCUACGGCGCCUCCUCCGAAGCCAGUACCCUGCAUGGCGAUCGGGCGUCGCACGAUCGUGAUGCCGCUCCUCUAGCCGCUGCCGCUUUUGCGUCGCAGGACUCGAAAAUCCUCGACGAAAAGGAGCAAGUUUCGCCAGCUGCCAGCACACCGUCCGAUGACGAUGAGCCCCAACUCGCGCCAUUAAAACCCGCCCCUAGUUCGACGGAGAAGUCGCACCUUCACCGUCAGAGGAGCGCCCGAAACGAGGAUGAACUCUUCCAGAUGCUAUCGAGGCGCCGGACCGGUGCAUCCUCGACGGCCGAGGAGCAAGAAGAAGAAAGCGAGAUCAACAUGCUCAUGGCUCGUAUGUUCGGAAAGACGCGUCAGGAGAAUUCAGAGGAGGAACAGACCCGCCACAGUGGUGUUGUCUUCCGCGACCUGACUGUCAAGGGCGUCGGUCUCGGUGCCAGCCUCCAGCCUACCGUGGGCGAUAUCUUCAUGGGGCUCCCGAGAACCCUGAAAAACCUCCUUACCAAAGGCCCCAAGGCUGCCCUGGCCAAGCCGCCCGUUCGCGAGCUCAUCAGCCACUUCGACGGCUGUGUGCGACCUGGCGAGCUCCUCCUUGUCCUGGGCCGUCCUGGCUCCGGCUGUACGACCUUUCUCAAGGCCUUUUGCAACCAACGCUCUGGCUUCGAAGCCGUCGAGGGCGACGUCACAUAUGGCGGCACUGACGCGCAGGAGAUGUCUAAGAAAUACCGUGGCGAGGUCAUCUACAACCCCGAAGAUGACCUCCACUACGCUACAUUGUCAGUGAAGAGGACGCUCAAGUUUGCGUUGCAGACCCGAACGCCGGGCAAGCACUCUCGACUCGAAGGCGAGAGUCGUCAGGACUACAUCGCCGAGUUCAUGAGGGUGGUCACCAAACUGUUCUGGAUCGAGCAUACCCUCGGUACCAAAGUCGGCAACGAGUUCAUCCGUGGCGUAUCUGGAGGCGAGCGCAAGCGUGUCAGUAUCGCUGAAGCCAUGAUCACCAGAGCCUCCGUUCAGGGCUGGGAUAACUCCAGCAAGGGUCUCGACGCGAGCACUGCCCUGGAGUAUGUGCGCUCCAUUCGUGCCAUGACCAACAUGGCCGACGUCUCCACUGCCGUAUCACUCUAUCAGGCCGGAGAGUCUCUCUACGAUCUUGCAGACAAAGUUCUGCUCAUCGACGGCGGCAAAUGUUUAUACUACGGACCUUCCGACGACGCCAAGCAGUACUUCAUGGAUCUUGGGUUUGAUUGCCCCGACCGCUGGACCACUGCCGACUUCCUCACCUCAGUCAGUGACCCUCAUGAGCGCAGCGUCCGCAAGGGCUGGGAGAACCGUAUCCCUAGAAGCCCCGAGGAGUUCUACGAAGCCUAUAAGAAGAGCGACGCGUACAGGAAGAAUCUGGCCGAUGUUGAGGACUUUGAGUCGUCGCUCGUCGAGCAACGCCAACAGCGCGAAGCUGCCUCGUCAGAGAUUAAAAAGAAGAACUACACCCUCCCUUUCCAUCAGCAAGUCAUCGCAUGCACCAAGCGCCAGUUCUUGGUCAUGACCGGAGAUCGCGCAUCUCUACUCGGCAAAUGGGGAGGCCUCGUAUUCCAGGGCCUCAUUGUCGGCAGCCUGUUCUUCAAUCUCGCUCCCACAGCCGUCGGCGUAUUCCCUCGCGGCGGUACUCUCUUCUUACUACUUCUCUUUAACGCUCUUCUCGCUCUCGCUGAACAGACUGCUGCCUUCGAGUCCAAGCCCAUUCUGCUCAAACACAAGUCCUUCUCGUUCUACCGACCGGCGGCAUAUGCUAUUGCACAAACCGUGGUUGACGUGCCGCUUGUGUUCAUCCAGGUGUUCCUCUUCAAUGUCAUCAUCUACUUCAUGGCAAACCUCGGACGAACGGCAUCGCAAUUCUUCAUUGCCACCCUCUUCUUGUGGCUUGCGACCAUGGUGACGUACGCCUUCUUCCGAGCCAUUUCGGCGUGGUGCAAGACCAUGGAUGAGGCCACUCGCUUCACGGGCAUUUCAAUCCAAAUCUUGGUCGUAUACACUGGCUACUUCAUUCCACCUAGCUCCAUGCCUCCAUGGUUCGGCUGGCUGAGAUGGAUCAAUUGGAUUCAAUACAGCUUCGAGGCCCUGAUGGCAAAUGAGUUUUCCAGCUUGGAUCUGCAGUGUGAGGCGCCAUUCCUAGUGCCUCAGGGUCCAAAUGCUUCGCCUCAAUACCAGUCAUGCACUCUUAAGGGCAGUGAACCCGGCAGUACUAUCGUCACCGGUGCGGCGUACAUCCGGGAGGCGUUCUCCUACACUCGGUCUCACCUAUGGCGCAACUUUGGCUUCCUCUGGGCCUUUUUCUUCUUCUUCGUCUUCCUGACCGCCCUCGGCAUGGAGCUGAUGAAGCCCAAUGCUGGCGGUGGCGCUGUUACCGUCUUCAAGAGGGGUCAAGUCCCCAAGAAGGUGGAGGAGUCAAUCGAGACCGGCGGCCACGAGAAGAAGAAGGACGAGGAAGCUGGCCCUAGCGGACACUUUUCGCAGGCCAUGCCCGACACGAGCAACACAGGCGAGACAAGCGGCGACGCCGCAAACCAGGUCGCAAAGAACGAAACCGUCUUCACUUUCCGCAACAUCAACUACACUAUCCCGUACGAGAAAGGAGAAAGAAAGCUUCUUCGGGAUGUUCAAGGCUACGUCCGCCCCGGAAAACUCACUGCUCUCAUGGGAGCUUCAGGUGCUGGCAAGACGACCCUUCUCAAUGCUCUAGCCCAACGUCUCAACUUUGGCACAAUCACUGGUGAUUUCCUCGUCGAUGGUCGACCCCUUCCCAAGUCCUUCCAACGUGCCACUGGCUUCGCGGAGCAAAUGGACGUUCACGAGCCCACAUCUACAGUUCGUGAGGCCCUUCAGUUUUCGGCUCUGUUGCGUCAGCCCCGCGAGACACCGAAACAGGAGAAGCUUGAUUACUGCGAGACCAUCAUCGACCUCUUGGAAAUGCGCGAUAUCGCCGGCGCGACUAUUGGCAGAAUCGGCGAGGGAUUGAACCAGGAGCAGCGUAAGCGUUUGACAAUUGGCGUCGAGCUUGCUUCAAAGCCCGAGCUACUGAUGUUCCUCGAUGAGCCCACAUCUGGCCUUGAUUCUGGCGCCGCUUUCAACAUUGUCCGCUUCCUUCGUAAGCUGACCGACGCCGGCCAGGCUGUGCUCUGCACCAUCCACCAGCCCUCAGCCGUUUUGUUUGAAUACUUUGACGAGUUGCUUCUUCUCAAGUCCGGUGGUCGUGUGGUCUACCACGGCCCUCUGGGACACGACAGCAGCGAGCUGAUCGGCUAUCUUGAGUCAAACGGCGCAGACAAAUGCCCGCCCAACGCCAACCCUGCCGAAUACAUGCUCGAAGCUAUCGGUGCUGGUGAUCCAAACUACAAAGGCCAAGACUGGGGUGAUGUGUGGGCUGAUUCCUCUCAUCGCGAGGCCCGUUCGCGCGAAAUUGAUGAUUUAAUUGCCGAGCGCCAAAACGUCGAGCCGACUGCCAGCCUGAAGGAUGAUCGCGAAUACGCUGCAUCCCUCGGUACACAGACGAUGCAGGUGGUGAAGCGUGCCUUUGUCUCCUAUUGGCGGUCACCCAAUUACAUCGUCGGCAAGUUCAUGUUGCAUAUACUCACUGGCCUUUUCAACACCUUCACCUUCUUCAAGAUCGGCUUCUCUUCGACCGAUUUCCAGAACCGCCUGUUCUCCAUCUUCAUGACGCUCGUCAUCUCACCACCUCUUAUCCAGCAACUGCAGCCUGUCUUCCUCAACAGCCGCAACGUUUUCCAGUCUCGAGAGAACAAUGCCAAGAUUUAUUCCUGGUUUGCGUGGACCACGGGCGCUGUACUUGCCGAGAUUCCCUAUGCCAUCGUCGCUGGUGCCGUUUACUUCAACUGUUGGUGGUGGGGGAUUUUCGGCCUCGAUGUCUCCGCCUUUGUGUCGGGCUUCGGUUUCCUCCUCGUCAUCCUAUUUGAGCUCUACUUCAUCAGCUUUGGUCAAGCCAUCGCUGCAUUCGCCCCCAACGAACUGCUCGCCUCCCUGCUUGUUCCGCUCUUCUUCCUUUUCGUCGUCAGUUUCUGCGGUGUCGUUGUCCCGCCCAUGCAGCUCCCCACCUUCUGGCGCGAGUGGAUGUACUGGCUGUCGCCCUUCCACUACCUCUUGGAAGCUUUCCUCGCAGCUGUCAUUCACGACCAGCCCGUCCAGUGUGCUUCUGAAGAGUUUGCUCGCUUUGAGGCACCGAACGGUCUUAGCUGCGAUGAGUACGUUCAGCCAUUCAUCGCCGAAGCGGGCGGCUACGUGCAGACAGCCUCUGAUGGGCUGUGUGAGUUCUGCCAGUAUGCCACCGGUGACGAGUUUGGUGUCGGCUUCAGCGUGUACUACAGGAAUAUCUGGAGGGAUUUCGGGAUCUUCUGCGGCUUCAUUGCAUUCAAUUACGCCGUUGUCUAUCUUGCCACGUGGUUGCGGUUCAAGGGGAAGAACCCCCUGAAGGGUUUUAUGGCCAAGAGGAAGAAUUAG